CCAACGCUCCCAGGCUCUUGUCAGUACACCUCGGACAGAUAUUCGUUGCCACAUACAGCAGGACCUGCGGCGAUUUCAACACCCAGACAGGUGUUUCGUGAAGAGCACCUUGCUUAGCACCGGCCUUGUUUCAUCACGCCAGGAUUUUCUAGAAGUCAAGCUCUCCUCAGCAGACGGACAGCAAGCAGCACGAAGAGCAACAAGAGCAAACGAGCACACGGACAAAAGGGGGACACGAUGCCGGCUGACGGAUCUUACACCAUGCGGGCGCAGCCCCGACGACGGAAGGACGUCAAGGACGAGCCCAUUUUCCUUCGCAAGACGUACGAGAUGAUCAACACCUGCGAGGACGUGCACGCGGCCUGGACUGCUGCGGGCGACACCUUCGUGAUCAAAGACCCAGACACGUUCGCCAAUGAGGUCAUCCCACGGUUCUUCAAACACAACAAGUUCAGCUCCUUCGUCAGGCAGCUUAACUUUUACGGCUUCCGCAAGGUCAAAUCCAACAUUACCGUGGAGGGGCAGGACAGCAAGUGGUGGGAAUUCAAGCACGACUUGUUCCUUCGCGACAAGCCCAAUCUCCUGUCGGAGAUCCGCCGCGCCACCCACUACGGCGUCACGCCGGAAAAGCAAGAGGUGGAUGACCUGCGAUCGGAGGUGGGGAGCUUGCGGCUGCAGGUCGUCGACAUGGACGGUCGGAUCGACGCGCUCUCGCGCAUGGUGGACCGCCUCCUGGAGGAGCGCUCGGCCGGCGGCGCGGGCGUUGACGUCAAGCACGAGGUCCCGCCUACCCCAGGCUGGGCAAAGAAGCGCCGCCUGGCCGGGGAGUGGGACGGGACGGCAGGCGCGAACGAGUCCGAGAGCGGCGCCGUUGUCGGGGUCGCGGCGGGACCUCCUCGCGUCAAGAUGGAGGCGACCGCAGGACCGACGGCCGUGAGCGGCGGUGACGAGGGCGGGGAGAAUGACGCCGCUGCUGUGCGGGUCAAACCUGAGCUGUCGGAGGAACCGGUGUACCAGUUUUCUAUGGGGACGGGCGGUGAUCCCACCGCUGGCGCGGGUGACGGUAACGGGCUUAUCAUCGGCGGCGGGGCUCUCUGCCGCGACUCUUCGUUCUUGCGGGACCUCGACAACAUGAGCGUCGGUUCGAUGGGCGGUGGUGGGUCCCUGGGCCCCCUUGAGCUGAUCGACGUGGCGUCCAGCGAGGAUGGUGAAAAGUCUCGCGCCGUUGGCAGCACUGGCGAGGAUGCCAUGAACGAGAGCUUCUUCGACCUCGACUUCGACGCCGAAAUCACUUCCAUGCCUGGCUCUGACCUCGCCUCGAAAGACGGCCAGCGGCAGCAACAGCAGCCAUCCGAGAGCGAGACAUCGGCGAUCGAGUCUUUCUCCGCGAAUCCUGCGGCUUCUGCAACGUCGACCCCGGCAGCGCCAGUAUCAGACGUGGCCCCGGCCUCGGUUCCGGGUGUCGUGAACACCCUCGCGAACGGCGGGCGCGCGGGUGUGGCGGAGCCCCCUGAGAUCGCUCUUCCUCUGGCCAGCGCCGCGAUCGGGGCGUUCAUGGUCCACUACGCUACGGCGCAAGCUGUGAAGGAGCCGGCGAGCGCGGUGGCGGCCGUCGCUUUGGACAAGUCGAGGCAUGCGCUCGAGCGGACCGCUUCACUUCGUUGAUCAGCAGCGGGGGAGGACGGGAGA